AUGUCAGCUAUGGCUUGGGCAUCAGCGCUGCUGCUCUUGCUUCUCAUGGACUGGGCGCUGCUCCGUCCGGCGCUGCCUCAGCUCCUGCUUGUGUUCUUGCCCACCGGGCCUCCGCUUCUCCGGCUCUGGGUGGCUGGCCUGGGCCGUUGGGGGAUGUUGUGGCUGGGAGCUCAUUGGACCACUAAGCAGGAAGGGGUCGGCGCUAAAAGUUGGAGGACUGCGCUGGGGCCCCUAACGGCAGCGCUGCCCGGGCUCGCCUCGUUCAGGGCUCUGGGAGGGAGGGAGGCUCCAAGGGGUGGAGGCGAGUCUGGGCCGCUGCGCUGGGGGAGCCGGCUCGAUGCUUUCGCUCUCAGCUAUGCCGUGGCACUGCUGGCGCUUUUCCUGUGGCAGAAACUUGGAGAUCUUUGGGUGCCGGGGAGUCCCAAAGGCUCGGGGUGCAUCAUACACCGGCUGCUGGGCUUCCUGAGCCCAGAACUGCGUCGCUUCCCACUAGUGAUGCUCUUCCUCCUGUUGUCCUGUCUAGGACAGACUGCUAUCCCAUUCUUUACUGGUCGCUUCACAGACUGGAUCCUGCAGGAUGAAGCAGCUGCUAUCUUCACCCGAAACAUUGCUUUCUUAUCGAUACUCAUGUUAGCCAGUGCUUUGUUAGAGUUCUUGGGUAAUGGAAUUUAUAAUUACACAAUGGGCCAAGCCCACAAUAACCUUCAGGAAAAAGUGUUCCUGGCUGUGCUGUCCCAGGAGGCUGACUUUUUUCAACAGAACCAAACAGGUGCUAUCACCUCUUGGGUGUCAGAGGACACAGACGUGCUGAGUGGCUCCCUGAGUGACACGCUAAGACUGCUCUUUUGGCACUUGUUUCAAUCACUGUGUCUGCUGGGACUUAUGUUUUGGGCAUCUCCAACACUCACUCUGGUCACACUGAUUGAUUUUUCUAUGCUAUUCUUCUUGCCCAAGGAGCUGGGCAAGUGGCAACAGGCCCUGGCAAUCCAAGUGCAGACAUCCCUCACAGAAUCAAGCCAGGUGGCUGUGGAGGCACCGUCUGCUAUGCCCACAGUCAGAAGCUUUGCCAAUGAGGAGGGAGAGGCACGGAAGUUUGCCCAUCAGCUCUAGAAGAUACAGAAACUUAAUCAGAAGUUUGCAGUGGCCUACAGUUUCAACUUGUGGACCACCAAUCUCUUAGGACUCCUGCUGAGGGUGGGCAUUCUGUACAUGGGGGGAAAGAUGGUGACCCAUGAGAAUGUGAGUAGAGGAGACCUUGUCAACUUUGUCCUUUACCAGAUCCAGUUUACCACUGCUGUUGAGGCAUUGCUUUCCACCUUGCCCAAUGCACAGAAGGCUGUGGGAGCCUCAGAGAAGAUCUUUGAGUACUUAGAUCGGAUACCUCAAUGCCCUUCCAGUGGUCUCCUGGCACCUCCUACCCUCCGUGGCCUGGUAGAAUUUCAAGAUGUCUUCUUUGCUUACUCUAACCAGCCAGAUGUCUUGGUCCUACAGGGAGUGACAUUCACUCUGUACCCUGGGAAGGUGACAGCACUAGUGGAGCCCAAUGGGGCUGGGAAGAGCUCAGUGGCUGUAUUGCUGGAAAAUCUGUAUCAGCCUACAAAGGGCCAGCUGCUGCUGGAUAGAAAGCCACUGCCCCAAUACCAGCACCGAUACCUGCACUCACAGGUAGCUGCAGUGUCACAAGAGCCACAGCUGUUUGGACAGAAUCUAUAUGAAAACAUAGCCUAUGGGCUGGGCCGGAAGCCAGAGCUAGAGGAGAUCAUGGAGGCUGCCAGGCAGGCUGGAGCUCACAGUUUCAUCUCUCAGUUGCCUCAGGGCUACUACACAGAGAUAGGAGAGUCUGGGAGCCAGCUGUCAGGUGGUCAGCGGCAGACAGUGGCCCUGGCUUGGGCUCUGAUCCGGAACCCUCGGAUCCUCAUCCUAGAUGAUGCUACCAGUGCCCUGGAUACAGACAAUCAGUUAUGGGUGGAGCAGCUUGUGUAUGAGGCCCCCAGGAGGGCCUCUCAGGCAGUGCUACUCAUCACCCAGUGUCUCAGCUCUGUGGAAAGGGCUGACCACAUACUCUUCUUGGAGGAGGGGGUCAUUCAGGAGAGUGGGACCCAUAGGCAGCUUAUGGAGAAAAAGGGCCGAUACUGGACCAUGGUGGAGGCCAUAGGUGGGAACUCAGCUCCUCAGGAAUGA